CUCGCCGCGCGCCUCCCGCCCCUCUCCCGAGAGCUACGCGGCGGCAGAGCGGAGGCCUCGUGCCGUAACGGCCAUCGCGGCGGCCGCGGCGGCGUCCCGGUGCCUUCCUCAGGUGAGCUGGGGCCGCACGGACCCGGCAGAGGGAAGGUGAGACAGUCCUGCCGACAGGCAGACGGCAGACAGCGGUUCCUUCCCCCUGCUGAAGCUGCUGAAAGAUGGCAGAAGAAGUGGUGGUAAUAGCCAAAUUUGAUUAUGUGGCCCAACAAGAACAAGAGCUGGACAUUAAGAAGAAUGAGAGAUUAUGGCUUCUGGAUGACUCUAAAUCCUGGUGGCGAGUUCGAAACUCCAUGAAUAAAACUGGUUUUGUGCCUUCUAACUAUGUGGAAAGGAAAAACAGUGCUCGGAAAGCAUCUAUUGUAAAAAACCUAAAGGAUACCUUAGGCAUUGGAAAAGUGAAAAGAAAACCUAGUGUGCCAGAUUCUGCAUCUCCUGCUGAUGAAAGCUUUGUUGACCCAGGGGAACGCCUCUAUGACCUCAAUAUGCCUGCUUAUGUGAAAUUUAACUACAUGGCAGAGAGAGAAGAUGAAUUAUCAUUGAUAAAAGGGACAAAGGUUAUUGUCAUGGAGAAAUGCAGUGAUGGGUGGUGGCGGGGUAGCUACAAUGGACACGUUGGAUGGUUCCCUUCAAACUAUGUAACUGAGGAAGGCGACAGUCCUUUGGGUGACCAUGUGGGUUCCCUGUCAGAGAAAUUAGCAGCAGUUGUCAAUAACCUAAAUACUGGGCAAGUGUUGCAUGUAGUACAGGCUCUUUACCCAUUCAGUUCAUCCAAUGAUGAAGAACUUAAUUUUGAGAAAGGAGAUGUAAUGGAUGUUAUUGAAAAACCUGAAAAUGACCCUGAAUGGUGGAAAUGCAGGAAGAUCAAUGGAAUGGUUGGUCUGGUGCCAAAAAACUAUGUUACCAUUAUGCAGAAUAAUCCAUUAACCUCAGGUUUGGAACCAUCACCUCCGCAAUGUGAUUACAUUAGGCCUUCACUCACUGGAAAAUUUGCUGGCAAUCCAUGGUAUUAUGGGAAGGUCACCAGGCAUCAAGCAGAAAUGGCAUUAAAUGAAAGAGGGCAUGAAGGUGAUUUCCUCAUUCGUGAUAGUGAAUCUUCGCCAAAUGAUUUCUCUGUAUCACUAAAAGCACAAGGGAAAAACAAGCAUUUUAAAGUUCAACUAAAAGAGACUGUCUACUGUAUUGGGCAGCGUAAAUUCAGCACCAUGGAAGAACUUGUAGAACAUUACAAAAAGGCACCAAUUUUUACAAGUGAACAAGGAGAAAAACUGUAUCUUAUCAAGCAUUUGUCAUGAUAAUACUGACCAGAAGUGACUGCUACACAGCUAUAAUUCGUCACGUAAUUGAAGACUGAGAAAAUGUCAGUCCAGUCAUGCUUGAUUGGAAAUUGCUUUCUAACUCUACAUGAGAAUGACUAUAAUACAUAAGUAUUUUUAUUAUAACUCAUCCCAUACAUAUAUACUACAUAUGCAAAGCAUCUGCACAAAGCAAUUCCUUAUCCUUGGUCUUCUUUUUUAUUGUUUUCUUUGCUGUUUUUCUUUUUGCUUCUAAUAUUAAGGUUUUAUAUUUUGAGAAAAUGAUGCAGAUCAGAAGUCUUUAUAUGGAAGAAUUUAUUGGGUUUUUUUUUUCCUUUAUUUCCCUGUAAGGGACCAUGUUAGUCAUUUCCGCAGUGGUUUCUCUUCAUAUAAAAUUAUUAUAUCAUUAUAUGGCAUAUGCUAAAAUAAAUUUCAUGGAGAAUGUUGAUCUUUUCUGUGACUAAAUAGCAAUAAUAAAUGGAAAAUAGAAAUUAUUUUCAGGUAUUUGUUGUAAGCCAUUGUAAAUAUCAAGUAUGUUGUGUCUCCCAUUUAAAAAAAAUUAUUGUCUUCAUUGUAAAGCAAAACAAAUGGGAUAUAGGUUAGAAAAUAUGUCUUGUAUACUUUUAAUUUACAGCUAUUGGAAACAAAAAUCUGAAUUUCUAAGAUUUUUUGAGGGGGUGCUUCUUUCUUAACUGGUUAUUCAGGAGAAUAAAACAGUGUCUGAGAUAUUUAGCUUUUCAAACUCUAA